AUGGCUUCUGGUAGUGAAGAAAAAAAAUCAUCUUCAAAACCAACAGAACAAACAUCAAAAGAUGAAUUUGAUAUUGAUGAUUCUCAAUAUAUUGAUAAUACUAAUAAUUUAUUAGAUGAAUCUCCUGAAUUUUCAUCAUCUUUUGCAAAUAAUCCUUCAUUAUCAUCAGUUGAUUCAAUAAAUGAUGUAACAUUUCAUUCAAAAACAUUAUCAUAUAAUUUAAGAACAACGUCGCGAUUAACUACAGAAUCAAUUAGUUUACAACCAACAAAUAUGACAACAUUACAUGAACUUUGUCAUUUCUUAGGUGGAUCACAUGUGAUUAAUAAAAUUCUUAUUGCAAAUAAUGGUAUUACAGUUGCUACAUAUAUGCGUUUAAUUCGACAAUGGUCUUAUGAAAUGUUUCAACAAGAAAAAACAAUUAAAUUUGUUGUUAUGAUUACACCAGAAGAUAGAAAAGCUAAUGCUGAAUAUAUUCAAUAUGCUGAUGAAUAUGUUGAUGUUGUAGAUGGUCCAUCACAUAUGAAUUAUUCAAAUUGUGAAUUUAUUCUUGAAAUUGCUAAACAAUUUUGUGUACAAGCUGUUUGGACUGGAUGGAAUCAUCCAUUAGAAAAUCCGAAAUUAUCUGAAUUACUUCGUCAACAUGGAAUAAUAUUUAUUGGUCCAUCAGAAAAAACUAUGUUAAUAUUAGGUGAUAAAAUAACUUCGACAAUUAUUGCUCAAAAUGUUGAUAUACCAACAUUAUUAUGGAGUGGAUCUAAUCUUAAAGUUGAAUGGAAUGAAAAAGAUCUUGAGAAUAUUAAUAUUCCAAUAGAUAUAUAUGAAAAAGCAUGUGUUAUUGAUGCAAAAGAAGGUGUAGAAAUUGCUAGUCGAAUUGGUUUUCCAGUAAUGAUUAAAGCAUCAAAAGGUAGUGGAAAAAAUGGAAUACAAACAGCAACAAAUCGUCAUAAUUUCCAACACUAUUUUCGACAAAUUAAAAAAGAUAUUCCAAAUUCACCAAUACUUGUAAUGAAAUGUGUAGAUAAUUGUCAACGUUUAGAAAUACAAAUAAUUGCUGAUCAAAAUGGACAUAUAAUAUCAUUUUUUAAUCAUAAUUAUUCAAUUCAACAACAACAUGAAAAAUCUAUUGAAGAAACAUCAAGAAUUUUACCACCACCAAAAAUUCUUGAACAAAUGAAAAAAGGAGCUAUACGUUUAGCAAAAUUAAUUGGUUAUGUUGGUGUUGGUACAAUUGAAUAUUUAUAUAAUUCAAAUGAUGAAACAUUUUUCUUUCUUGAAAUUAAUCUACGAUUAAAAAUGGAACAUUCUUUUAUAGAAAUGAAUACAAAUAUUAAUUUACCAGCAUGUCAAAUACAGAUUGGUAUGGGUAUUGAUUUACAUCGAAUAAAAGAUAUACGUUUAUUAUAUGGUAAAGAUCCAUUUGGUCAAACAUCAAUAGAUUUUGAAACUUCUCAUUUUAAAUCUCAAUCAUCUGAUGAAGGUACUCCAGUACAUACAUCCAAUGAAUAUUCUGAUAAAAAUUAUCAAACAAGUUCAAAUACAAUUCAAAAAUCAAAAUUGCAUAGUCAAUCAAGUGAUUCACGUAAAUUUGAUGAUACAGAAUAUGAACAUAUUAUUCUACAUGAUGAAACUCCAGAAAUUAUUCAAAAUAAUCAACAAGCAUCAUCUGAAACAUCUCGAAAAUUUCAUUUAAAUUUUUAUCAAGUGCUUAUUCAUAAUUACUUUUCAGAAAAUGAAAAAAAAUCUAUUCGAGAACGUUUUAAUGAAUCUAAGCAAUUCCUUGCAAAUUUUCUUUCAUCUAAUCAACGAUGCAUACAAGCAUGGUCAAAUAUAGUGAAUGGUGCAUAUGAAAGAAUUACAAUAAAUUCCACACUAUUAGAACAAAUGGAAAAUUUCUUCAAACCAUCAACAAUGUCAACAGGAACACUUGAAAAAUUAAUUUCAAAUAAUAUGAUUAUCGCUAUCGUCCAUCCAACAGCAAAAUUUGAUCCAUCAAUAUUAGAUCCGAAUCGUACAAAAGAAUAUGCAACUACAACACAAUUCGAAAAGAAAGCUGCAAUUUGUAUAAAUCCAAUGGUCUUUGAUCUUGAUACAACAAGUUAUGGUAGUCCUAUUUCUGCUGAAGCAUCUAAAUUCUUCUUGGCAAUUCUUUUAAUGCAUGAAAUUACACAUGCUGUACGAUAUUGUAGUCCAACACAAAAGGAAACACCACAAUUAACAUUGUUCAGUACUUACGAUGAUCCAGAUAAAUACGAUGCUGGUAAUGCUCUUCAACAUGAACUAUUUGCUGGUGAACUUCAUAUUAAUCGUGAUUCUGCUAGUACACAUGUCAAAUUAUUUAUUAUUAGAUCAAAAAAUCGAUAUAUUAAACUUUCACCAUCAGAUAUUAAUGAUUGUUUAACAAAUUAUAGUUUGGCAUCAUUACUAUCAUUGUUUAGUUUAAAAUCUGAAUGGCUAUUAAGUCAAGGUAAAGGACGAUCAUUUCGACCAGGUGAACAUAAUGAACUUGUUCAAUAUUUAAUCAAAGUUUGUGGAAUGGAUGCAGAUGAAAGAAAUGAUCUUCGUCUAUCACGUAUUAUGUUUCAACAAGAUUUAUAUAAACAAAAUAUUGAUGAAACUUUUAUGCAAACAUCCGAUACAAUGAAAGAUGCAAAUGAAACAUUAUCUAAAGAUACUCAAAUAAAAUUACAAAAAAGUUUACUUAUAUCUGAAUCAGAAUUUGUUCAAAUUAGUCCAUCAUCUUCUGUUUCAACAAUUAAUGAACCAAUUAUAUCUGAUCAUCAGAAAAUAAAUUUUACAAAUUUCGAACAACAAAUGCAAACACCAAGUCCUCAAUAUAUUCGAUCAAUUAAUCAUAAUGAUGAACAAAUAACUGAACAUAGUUAUUCAAAUAAUCGUUAUAGUGAUUAUGAUAAUCGACCUAUAAAACCACUUGAUCAAACUAUGCUUCAAUCGAAACUUAAUCAAUAUCCAAUUGAAAAUCAUUCAAAUGAUGAUACAAAUAUUUCUCGACCACGAGCUUUAACUAAUCCUCAACAAUCUAAACGUACAUCAACUCAUUUAUCAUAUAAUGCUAAUAGAUAUUCACCAAAAACUACUACACAUGGACCAACAACAUCAACAGCUAUGCAGGUUAAUAUGCGUACAAAAUCAAAUAAAAAUCAACUGACACAACAACAAAAUCGAGCAAAACGUCAUACAAUAGCUGCGGAUAAUACAAAUGCGUUUCAUUUAUUAAAUCCUACGCAUCGUACGACAUUAGCACUUAAGGAGAAACAUAAACAACAACAACCUACUUCAGAUGAAAAUAAAAAUCUAACAGAUGAUGAAGAUGAAUUACAGUUAAAAUCUGCUCCUGUUAAUACAAUGUUAUCGAUUCAAAAUACAACAUAUAAUCGAGAGAAUAGUAAUGAAUUAAAAAAAUUAACAACAUCAAUUGAAACAAUGAGAACAUCAGUUCUUCAAGCAUAUCUUGAUUUACAUGAACGAUUUACGAAAACAACAGAAUUACAAACAUCAGCUUUAGCUUCACUUUGGAAAAUGCUUGAAACUCAAAACUCAACUCAUCAACAUGAAACUGAAAAAAUACUUGAAGAAAAUCGUUUACUUAAUCAACGUUUACAUGAACUUGAAUUACGUUUAAAUAUUAAAUCUCGUACAUUAUAUCCACCACUACAUGCACAUAUAUCAAAACGUGAUACAAAAAGUUUUUUUCUUCAUUGGAUAUCUAAUCCAUUAAAUGACCAAUGUAAAAUUCUUGGCUAUCGAAUUUAUAUUGAUGAUAUUUUAAAAGGUUCUGUUGAAUCAGAAAAAUUUGAAACUAUUAUUGAUUAUAUUCGUGAUGAAGGAGAAUAUAAAAUAAAACUUCGUACAUAUGAUGAAUAUGGUGAAUCAGAAGAUUCAAAUAUUGUUAUAGCAAGAUUUCGUCGUCAAAACUCAAUAACAUCACAGUCAGAUUCAAAUUCAUCGGAAAAAAAACCAAUUCAUCGUACUCAAUCAGAUCAUAUAGUGGAUAAUACUAGUCAAACACAAUUAGUACGGAUACCAUUAAGACAAACACAAUCACAAGAGAAUUUAGAUGAUUCACCAAUAGAUGAAAUACAUCCACCAAUUAUUAUGAGCAAACAACAUACUCCGAUUUCCGUAACAAGAAAAAAUUCAGAAGAACUUAUUUCACCUGUAACAUCAAGUCCUUCACAUUCUAAUCAUAUAAAUUCAAAUGAUAAUAUUAUGAAUCGUAAACCUCCAAAAUCACCUGGUUCAAGUCCUAAUCAUAGUGAUAAAAUAACAACAAAUAAUGAAUCUUGUAGUAAAAUUCUAUUCACUAAUAAUUCUGACGAUACAUCUUCAACUACUACAACUAAACGUAGUCCUACACGAACAGGAAUUAUGUCUCGUCUUGCUAAAAGUCCACAUAGAAUUAAACGUAAUGUUCUAUUAAAUGCUUUAACAAUAAAUCAAACUUCUAGCCCAACAGAAACUGUCGAUACAAAUCAAUCAGAAAUCAAACUAGUUGAUCCAACAAUAACUUCUCAAGUUGAAUUACAUAAUGGUAGUAAUCAUGAUCAUUUUCUAAUUCAACAGCCUGUAAUAGCAUCAAAUUCAAUGAGUAUAUCUUCAACUCCACCACCAAUACCACCACGAAACAAAAAUACUCUUAUAAAUUCACUUGAUCGAAAUUCUUUUUAA